AUGAGUAAUUAUGCCAUUGAUGUGACAAACAAUCGAGUCAAACAAAUCAUGGAAGAGCAAGGCAUUGAAGAAGACGAGCUUCUAAAUAAGUAAUUCUUAUGUAGGAACUUAGAAGAUUUCGCUGAUCCUCGAGUAACGCCUGAAAUCCAGCAACUCAGAUUUGAAUACUACACCAAUAAGCUUAAAGAAACAGUUAAGCGUAUCCGUGAUAUCUUAAAAGACAGAACCAUGACUAUUAUAGCCCAUACCUCUAUAUAGAUUUCUUUAUCGAGUAAAAUGGAAAAUAAAGUUGAGCGGCCAAGACAGAUUCUAUCAAAGGGAUGAACUAGUUCUCUAGACUAGGGAGGGUUAAAAAGUAGCAUGUCAAAAAGUGAUUGACAAGCCUUAGCCUCUAAAAAUAUUUACAAUAAGUUCUGGAUGGCUAUUUGCAGCAGAAUUAUUAGCAUAUCAUAAGUAUCUGCACAAAACAAAGUGCCCGGCCAUUUCUAUUUCCGCACAAAUAAUAAUUUAGCUAGCUUUAAUUAAUUAAUGUAUAUUUUUAAAUAUUUUUGAAACUUUGUUUUGGUAAGAUUAUAACACACUAUUAUUAUGGGUCAUUAAGAACUUUAUUAAAAACAAUCAACAUAAAUACAAACUUUGGCUUUUAUAGAGGAAUUGGUCAUAAUCAAAUUGGCAUUGUUUAUUAAAAAUCUAUCCUUCCUCAAAAGGCAGCUCGAUUGAUAAGUUUUAAAUUUUAAAUUCAUUUAAAUUUGCGAAAGAAUAUAUUAUGAGUCAUUAAGAGGUUCAUAAAGAGCAUUCAGUGUUCAAUAAAAACUUUGACUUUAUAUAUAUAGAAAUUUCCCAUAGAUGGCGCAGUUUGCCCUUGAUUUGCCCACUGUGAAAAUUUUUUGGUUCGACCAGUACCAUAUGGUUUGGUCAAACCAAAAAAUUUUUCAGUGGGCAAACAGCGCCAUCUAUGGGAAAAUUCUAUAGCAUUUGAUCAUAAAAUAUUGGAAUGGCUUAUUUGAGAAUCUAUUUUUUAUGAGCACUAAUUAAUGUAAAUAUUUAAAUUUUAUAAUGAUUAUUUAAACUUAUUUCUUGCUUGGACUUAAAUUUUAUAGUAAGAUAUUUACCAGGGCAGUCUAAAAGCAUCUUAAAUUUAAAAAUAAUUUAAUAAUAAAACCAUUUUAAAAAUUGUCGAGUUUGUUUGUCAACUUUGUUCAUAUUUAUAAACCAUUUUUGACAUACACUUUUUAACACUUCUUGGAAUAGAGAUCCAGUUUGUCCCUUUAAUAGAGUCUGUCUUGGUCGCUCAACUUUCUAUUACACUUUGCUAGACAAAUAAAUCUAUAUAGUGGUAUGGGCUAUAUAAGGCGUAACAGUCUUCCUGAUCUUCACCAAUCUCACAAUAGCAAUUCUAUAUCCACUGAAAGAACGACCCCAAAGUUUCAAGACCUUGCAAGAGCUGAAGAAGAUCGUCUCAAUAAACUAAAAGAAAAGCAAAAGAAGAUGCUAAUUACAACCUUAUCAAUGCUAGAAAAAAUUGAUGAAGUAGAGAAACCAAUCAAAAAUAAAAGAAAAAGCUCAUCACCUAUUUUAAGUCCUCAUGAUAUGAAUAAAAGCUUGAAAUUUAAAGAAAAAAUCGAAUCUUUUAAAAAAAUACAAGAAGAAAAAUUCAAAGAAAAGAAAAAAGAGCAGAUGCAAAAGCAAAAAAACUUGUAUGAGAAAAUUAUUAUAGAUAUGAAAAACCACAGCGAAAGAGAACAAAUAAUAGAGCAGCAGAAAAAAGAAGCAGCCAAAGAAAGAGAUGAAGCACUGAAAAGAAAGCAAGAAGAAAUAAAAGCUGUGAAAGAAGGAGAGGAGAUUAUGAAUGAACAUCGAAUUCAAGAAGAGUUGGAUUUGAUGCAAGAGAAGAUUAUGAAAUCUGAAGAAAAAUAUGUUAAUGAAAGAGAGCAAAAAUUGUCAAAAACUCUUGGCUUGCGGAAAUUUUGGGACCUUGUACUGGGGAAUUUAGAUAAAUUAAAGCAAACCCAUGAAGUUGAAGAUGUACUCAAAUUAAUUGAAAAACAAGAGAAAGUAAAAAAAAGAAGAGAAAAAAUCCAGAAAAAGUUAGAAGAAGAAGUCAACAAAAGACGAGAAAAAAUGGAAGCAAGAAAAAGAGCUGCCCAAGUAAAGGUAGCAAAUGAUGAAAAAGAGCUUUAUAAAAAAGUGAAUUAUUUAGAAAAGAGACUAACAGCAUCGCAGAAAAAUUUAGCAAUGAAGCAAGAUGAAUGAAAAAAAGAAGUCAUGCUGAGAAAAGAAUUGCAAAGGCUAAAAGAACUGGAUGGGAUUACAAAAGUUGAAAGAGCCAAUAGAAGACUGGUAGGAAAUAUUUAGAAACUCAAAAAAAUGCAAAUGCUUGAAAAGCAAUUGAUGACAAGCCAAAGAAUUGACGCUCUGAAGCUAGAAAAAGAAAUGAUUUUGAAUAAAAAGAGGUAAAAAUUAGGAAGGGAAAUAGCUACUAAAGAGAUGAUACAAAGAGAAAAAAUGAAAGAAGUAUUUGCCGUUGUAUGCAGAUCUCCGAAAUCAAGAACAGCUCAAGAGCAGCUUAGAAUGCUCGAUAUAUUGAAAAAGAAUUCUGAUAGUGAAGAAGAAGCAUAA